AUGACAGUCAGUGAAGGUCGUAGCAUCAUCAUCGUGGGCGUCGGCUCAUCCAUGUCCCGAUCACUGGCGAUAUGGCUUGCAACUCUCGGCUGGCAUAUCGGUCUGAUCUCGCGAUCAGAGAACAACCUCUUCGCCAUUGCCGAGGAAGUUCGCCGCUCUGGAGCUUCCGGUUCAAAAGUAGUUCAUCGAGCCGCAGAUGCCGGCGAUGCGCCCGCUUUGAAAUCAGCUCUUGACUGGUGCUUACAGCAACUAGGUGGCAAACUAGAUGUCCUGAGCUACAAUGCUGCUCGUGUAUCAGAAUCGACGGUGACUACUCUCCAAUCUGACACUCUCGAGCUCGAUUUCAAAAUUUCUGCCGUUGGAACCCUCGUUACUGGCCAGUGGUUCCGUGACAAUGCCCAGCUAGACCGUGUCCCGAAGGGUGAGCUGCCGAUGUUCCUGGUGACCGGCGGGCUUCUCGAUAAGACACCAAAUCCCGAGAUGGCAUCUCUCAGUGCAGUUAAGUCUGCUUCGCAAACAAUCACUCGAUUGUUCGCUCAGGCACUCCCGCAGGAGUAUCAAAUCUUAGUUGGUAUGCCGACUGUGACGGGAAGAAUCAUCGAUCCGGACACUGGGGAGUACUUUGAGAAAUUCCAGCCAGAUAAAAUUAUUCAGACACUUUUCAAGCCCUUUUUUGAGGACCGAGAGAACAUGCGGGGUGGAAUCCAGUCGUGGAAGGUGGAGCGUUUCCUAUGA